UAUUCGAUACGAUAAGCUUUGCUUGCUCUCUUUUUUUCUUUCUCCCAUGGCAGAUUCUGAGAGAUUACACUCUUGAAUCUCUAAUGGAGUUCUUCUUCUGCAAAGUUUUUCUUUUUCUUUCUCUUUUCGUUUUUUUGGCAGAGUCUAUGAUCUGCAACACUACAGACCUGAAGUUAAUCUUAGAGGCGUUCAGCUCUGUCUCCAAUUUCGACGUCUCGAUUUUCAAUUCUACAGAUGCAGAGUGCCCGAAUCCUCCAAUUAAGGAAAUAAAGCUUCCUUCGAGGAAUCUGAGCGGGACCGUUUCAUGGAAGUUUCUCGGAAACAUGUCGCAGUUGCAAUUGAUUGAUCUCUCGGAUAAUUUGCUUCAGGGGUAUGUUCCACGGAGAUUCUGGUCGAUGCCGAGUCUUGUUGAGGUCAAUCUUUCCAUGAAUCACCUUGGAGGGAGUAUUGGUUUCGAGCUGACAUCAGGAAUCGUUUCUACUUCUUCGCUUCAAACGCUUAAUCUCUCCCGCAACAGUUUCUCUAACUCGGUGUAUCUUUCGGGAUUUCCUAAUCUUAGAGUUCUAGACCUUUCGAUCAAUAACCUGAGGACUCUUCCUUCUGGAUUCAAGAAUCUACGGAAGCUCGAGCAUCUCGACAUCUCAACCUGCAACAUUUCAGGGAAUUCGAAUCUCCUAUCCAACCUUCUCUCGUUGAAAUACCUCGACGUUUCUGAGAAUUCCAUGAACGGUAGCUUCCCUUCUGAUUUCCCUCCAGUCGAUAAUCUCAAGUAUUUGAAUGUCUCAGUAAACAAGUUCACCGGCCGAGUUGAUCCGGAUAAACUCAAGAGAUUUGGUAACUCAGCUUUCAUCAAGACGAGGAUUUUCAAUGCUUCAAAGGCCCUAAAUCCGGCAAUUCGAACUCAUCCGAGAAAAGCUGCCCCUCCCAAAUCCCCCAGAGAACACCACCAACCCGAGGUCCAAAGCAAGAAAAAGAAGAAACCCAAUUCAAAACCAAAAGCUCUGGUUCUGGGUUCAGUCAUUGCAGCUACUUCAAUCGUCUUCGCCAUGGCUGUGUGCAUAGCCUGCAUGUAUAGGAGAAAGAGAGCGAAAAGAAAGCAAUGGGUGAUCUCGAGACCGACUCAGUUGCCGAUUAAGAUUGAGAAAUCAGGACCGUUUGCAUUCGAGACCGAGUCAGGGACAUGGGUAGCAGACAUUAAAGAACCGUCGUCGGCGCCGGUAGUGAUGUUUGAGAAACCAUUGAUGAAUCUGACAUUUACGGAUCUGAUUGUGGCCACUUCUCACUUCGGAAAGGAAUCGCAGCUUGCAGAAGGGAGAGGUGGACCCGUGUAUUCGGCGGUGUUACCCGGAGAAAUACACGUUGCCGUCAAGGUAUUGGAGAAGAGCAGAAAUGUCGCCCACGAAGACGCCGUGGCAUUGUUCCAUGAUCUUUCUCGGCUUAAACAUCCUAACCUCCUUCCCCUUUCCGGUUAUUGCAUUGCAGGGAAGGAGAAGCUGCUGUUAUACGAGUUCAUGCCGAACGGCGACUUGCACCGGUGGUUGCAUGAGUUGCCGGCGGGGGAGACAAAUGUGGAAGACUGGAGCAACGACACGUGGGAGCUUCAGAACAAUGGGAUCUCUUUGGUGGAGAAGAUGGGAUGGCGGACUCGCCAUCGAAUCGCUUUGGGGAUCGCUCGUGGACUCGCGUACCUCCACCACGCCGGUUCGAAGCCUGUGGUUCAUGGUCAUCUUGUGUCUUCUAACAUCCUCGUCGCAGACGAUUUCGAACCGCGAAUUGCCGGUUUUGGACUCCGAGGAGAGGAAGAAACCGGUGGAACGGAGGUUGACGUGUACAGCUUCGGGGUGAUUUUGAUAGAAUUGUUGAUGGGGAAGGCAGGCACGAGAGAGACGGUGGGUUGGGUUCGGGGGUUGGUGAAGGAGAGGCGGAGCAUGGAGGAGGCGUUGGACCCGAGGUUGAGACUUGGGGACGACUGGGUGAGUGAGAUGGUAGAGACGAUGCGAGUCGGGUAUCUGUGUACAGCCGAGUCUCCAGAGAAAAGACCGACGAUGCAACAGGUGGUUGGUCUUCUCAAGGAUAUAUAUUCGCCGGCGGUCAUCAGUUGAGUUGAGUUGAGUUGAGUUGACUCGUCCUGUCUCGUCA